AUGUUUGGUGCGGGGCGGGCCCAGCAGUACAGCUGCAGCGGCAGUGCGUCGGGAGCGGAGAAUUCCGGGAAGCCGGAGAACCCAGAAUGGGAGAAAGCCCGGCAGGCGCUGGCCAGUAUCCACAAGGCCAGUUCGCAGUCCGGGACAGGCAACAACUCCGGACAAGGGGGCACGCAGAGUGCCCAGUACCUGGCGCAGCAGACAGACCCGACUGCAAUGCAGCAGUAUUAUCAGCAGUGGUACCAGCAGUACAGUUAUAAUUACUCUUACCCCUACUACAGCCCCUACCAGAUGAACAUGUAUUCGGGUUACCAGGGCCAGUAUAACGUGGGGGCCUCCUACCCAGCAGCACAGCAGGGCCAGCAAGCUGCACAGCACAGCAAUAACCGCACACAGCCUCCUGUUCCCGGUCUGGAGGAUAGCCUGGCCUACCCGGGCUCGCAGCAGGUCCAGGGAGCAUCCCCUCAGCAACAGCAACAACAGCAGAGCCAGCAGCAGCAGCAGAAACACAACGCAGCAGGAGGUGCAGCGAGCAACCACUCGCAGCAACAGCAGCAGCAACAACAGGCUCCAUACCCCGACUCAGGGGGCAAAGGCAAGAAAGGGCAGCAGCUGUGGCAACGUAUGAAACGUAAGGAGAUCACAGACACACUGACGGUGGGUGGCUCCCCGUCCAAGCCGGAUGACUGGCCCCAGGCGAUGAAGGAGUACGUCCAGAGGUGCUUCACCGCGUGUGAGACCGAGCUGGAUAAGGACCGCACUGAGAAACUGCUGAAAGAUGUCCUGCAGGCCCGUCUGCAAGACGGGACUGCCUACACCAUUGACUGGAGCAGCGAGCCCCUGCCAGACCUCAGUAAGGAGGUCCCGAAGGGCAGUCCCCUGAAGAAGAACCGUUGGGGUUUGCCGAGUAGCCAGUCUCACCGCGGAGGCCUGACAUCGAGCCCGUCCCAGCGGGGAUCCCUAUCGUCCUCGGCCAGUCACCGCAGUGUCGCAGCCACGUCCCAGCGAACCCGGGGCGGUGGGCAGCCUUCCCGUUUCGGAUAUCGUAACGUCUUCACCCGGGAACAGUCCAGCUCCUCGUCCAGUGCGGGCUCUCACUCCCGGUCAGCAAGUCGUUCCAGGUCAUCAUCUCGCUCACCACACCGACGGCACCAUCGUAGGUAUGGCCCGGGCCGUGGGGCAGGACGCUCCCUGCACAUCCACGAACAAGCCCGACAGAUCCGCACACGCUCCGUGCCCAUCCGCCUACGCUCCCUGCACAUCUGCCUUCCCUCCCUGCCCAUCCGCCUACGCUCCCUGCCCAUCCGCGUUCCCUCCCUGCCCAUCCGCGUUCCCUCCCUGCCC